AUCAUCGAAAGCAAUCCCACGGUCCACGAAGCUCGGAAGAUCUUUCUUGGGGUGACCACAACCUGAUGUCUCGAGCUGUCUCCAUUCAUCCUAACAAAGCAGACAACCAUGAAGCUAUUACACUCCGUUGCGCUAUUCGUGAACAGUCUACUGACUGUGUCAUUAUCUUUCGCUUGGAUUCCUCCAGCUCGUCAAAUUGCCACCCGACCAAAAUCCGUGGGUUUCCCAAGAAGAUCUUUCGAUGGCAGAAAAUCCUCGUUAUCCUCUACCGCAUCCUCCGAUACCUUUCAAUUCCAAACAGGGGAACCCUUCCCUUAUGCCUUGGAAGUAUUUCAGGGUGCCGUCACGUACAAUGAAAUGCUCUCCUACUUGAACAAUAAACUCCUGGAGUAUGGCUAUUCCAUUCCGCAAACACUCUGUGCUACUUCUCUCUGCGGCGACGAAAUGAAUCGCCCCCUCGAACAGGCUCUCUCCCAAACCUUUUGCGAAAAUUACAGUUUGGGUGGUCUUGCCGGGUGUCCCUUUGGAGGUGUGACUUCCUUCAAGAAAAUGAAGACCCACAUUCCCGAUGGCGGAAAUUCUGUCAUUGUCUACGGACCACAUGUGGGGAUUAGCCAGGAUGGACGCAUUGGACAUGUCGAUCGCGCCCAAAUCUCCGCCACCGAAGGAGAACAUACCCUCUGUUGUCGAUCGGCCAUUUUGGCAGCCAAUCACGUGUCGCAAGUGUUACGGGGAGAAGCCGAAGCCAUGCCCAUGGAUUUGAUGGAUGCUUCCCAGUACUUUGUCGGCAAUAUGCUGAGGCCGUAUGCGGAACGACUGGAGGCGCACCAGGACGAGAAUAGCAAAAUGAUGGAUCUACCCUACGUGCUGUUUGAGGGACAAACGGAUUUGUUGUACCGGAUCAUCCAGGAAGGAUCUCAAUUUGGAUUUCCAGGAGCCGUGGCGGUUCUGGGAGGGAUCCAAAUCAAUACACCUCCUGGCUAUUUGGAUUACUACGUUCCACUGAGAUUUGAGCUCUAUAAUGCCGAAGGACAGUAUUUGGCCAAUAUGUUUGAGAGUCCGUCGUGA